AUGGCGAUCUACACGGACUGGGCCAAUCAUUAUUUAGCCAAGUCGGGCCACAAACGUCUCAUCAAGGACCUCCAGCAAGAUGUGACAGACGGCGUCCUCCUGGCUCAGAUUAUCCAGGUUGUGGCCAAUGAGAAGAUUGAAGACAUCAAUGGCUGUCCCAAGAACAGAUCACAAAUGAUUGAAAACAUAGAUGCCUGCUUGAAUUUCCUGGCAGCUAAGGGAAUAAACAUCCAGGGGCUGUCUGCAGAAGAAAUCAGGAAUGGCAACCUCAAGGCCAUCCUAGGCCUCUUCUUCAGCCUGUCCCGGUACAAACAGCAGCAGCAGCAGCCCCAGAAGCAGCACCUCCCUGCUCCACUGCCGCCUGCCGCGUCCCAGGCGGCCGGGGCCCCCUCCCAGUGCCAGGCUGGCACUCUUCAGCAACAGGUGCCGGCCACUCCCCAAGCCCCGGGCCAGCCUCUCCAGCCAGCGCCACAUCAGCAGUCAAAAGCACAAGCUGAAAUGCAGUCCAGUGCAUCAUCCAAGGACUCCUCUCAAAGCAAAAUCAUCCGCUUCACUCUGGGUCAGAAAAAGAUCUCUAGGCUUCCAGGUCCUACUGCAAGGGUAUCCACUGCAGGCAGUGAAGCCAAAACACGUGGAGGGUCAGCCACUGCCAACAACCGACGCAGCCAGAGCUUUAACAACUAUGACAAGUCCAAACCGGUCACCUCCCCACUUCCACCACCACUGCCAAGCAGCCACGAGAAAGAGCCGUUGGCGAGCCCAGCCUCCUCCCACCCCGGAAUGAGUGAAAAUGCACCUGUUCCUCUGGAAAGUGGCAGCAGCCCCUCCCCUGCUAACAGCGGCACCUCCUCGGCCAUCCCCCAGCCCGGUGCUGCCUCCAAGCCCUGGCGCAGCAAGUCAGUCAGCGUGAAGCACAGUGCCACGCCGUCCAUGCUCUCGGUCAAGCAGCCCGUGCCCGAGGCCCCCAGGCCCAGCCCUGAAGCCAUGAAGCCAGCCCCCAACAGUCAGAGGUCCAUGCUGGAAAAACUAAAGCUUUUCAACAGCAAAGGGGGUUCCAAGGCAGGCGAGGGCCCGGGGUCGCGGGACACGAGCUGUGAGCGGCUCGAGAUUCUACCCAGCUUUGAAGAGAGCGAAGAGACGGAAGCCACCAGUCGCUCGCUGUCCACAGCGGGUCCCGCUUCCAACAGCCCCAAGAUCGCCCUCAAGGGCAUCGCCCAGAGAACUUUUAGCCGGGCGCUGACCACCAAGAAGAGUUCCCCGAAAGGCAACGAGAAGGAAAAGGAGAAACAACAGCGGGAGAAGGAAAAGGAGAAAAGCAAGGACCUCGCCAAGAGAGCCUCUGUGACAGACAGGCCGGACCUCAAAGAGGGGCCGAAAGAAGACCCCAGCGGGGCGGCAGUGACUGAGAUGCCAAAAAAGUCCUCCAAGAUCGCCAGCUUCAUCCCCAAGGGGGGGAAGCUCAACAGUGCCAAGAAGGAGGCCACAGCCCCUUCCCACAGUGGAAUACCAAAACCAGGAAUGAAGAGCAUGCCCGGGAAGUCCCCAAGUGCCCCUGCCCCUUCCAAGGAGGGGGAGCGGAGCCGGGGUGGGAAGCCGAGCUCGGGGCUCCCCCAGCAGAAGCCCCAGCUGGACGGCAGACACUCCAGUUCCUCCUCCAGCCUGGCGUCCUCAGAAGGAAGAGGCCCUGGAGGGACCACCCUGAACCACAGCAUCAGCAGCCAGACCGUCAGCGGGUCCGUCGGGACCACCCAGACCACAGGAAGCAAUACCGUCAGUGUUCAGCUACCUCAGCCCCAGCAGCAAUACAACCAUCCCAACACUGCCACCGUCGCGCCUUUCCUGUACAGGUCCCAGACAGACACCGAAGGGAAUGUUACUGCUGAAUCCAGCUCCGCGGGCGUGAGCAUGGAACCCACCCACUACACUAAGAGUGGACAGCCUGCUCUGGAGGAGCUCACUGGGGAAGACCCUGAAGCUCGACGGCUGCGAACAGUGAAGAACAUCGCUGACCUGCGGCAGAACUUGGAGGAGACCAUGUCUAGUUUACGGGGAACUCAGGUCACACACAGCACAUUGGAAACCACAUUUGACACCAACGUCACCACGGAGAUAAGUGGGCGCAGUAUCCUCAGCCUGACAGGCAGACCCACUCCUCUGUCCUGGAGACUCGGCCAGUCCAGCCCCCGGCUCCAAGCGGGAGAUGCCCCCUCCAUGGGCAACGGGUACCCGCCUCGAGCCAACGCCAGCCGGUUCAUCAACACCGAGUCGGGCCGCUACGUGUACUCUGCCCCUCUGAGGAGGCAGCUGGCCUCCAGGGGAAGCAGCGUCUGCCACGUGGACGUCUCAGACAAGGCAGGAGACGAGAUGGACCUGGAAGGCAUCAGCAUGGACGCCCCCGGCUACAUGAGUGACGGGGACGUUCUGAGCAAGAACAUCCGGACUGAUGACAUCACAAGCGGGUACAUGACCGAUGGUGGACUUGGCCUCUAUACUCGUCGCCUGAACCGGCUCCCUGAUGGGAUGGCUGUGGUGCGGGAGACCCUACAGAGAAAUACCUCCCUGGGCCUCGGAGAUGCCGACAGCUGGGAUGACAGCAGCUCCGUCAGCAGCGGCAUCAGCGACACCAUAGACAACCUCAGCACCGAUGACAUCAACACCAGCUCCUCCAUCAGUUCCUAUGCCAACACACCUGCCUCCUCUCGCAAAAACCUCGAUGUGCAGACCGACGCUGAGAAGCACUCACAGGUGGAGAGGGGUUCCCUGUGGUCGGGCGAUGAUGUCAAGAAGUCAGACGGAGGGUCAGACAGCGGCAUAAAGAUGGAGCCAGGGUCUAAGUGGAGGCGGAAUCCCUCGGACGUGUCUGAUGAGUCUGACAAAAGCACGUCGGGCAAGAAGAAUUCUGUCAUCUCCCAGACGGGCUCGUGGCGACGAGGCAUGACGGCUCAGGUGGGCAUCACCAUGCCCAGGACGAAGGCGGCUGCCCCGGCAGGCACGCUCAAGACCCCAGGCACUGGAAAGACAGACGAUGCAAAGGUGUCUGAGAAAGGAAGGCUGUCUCCCAAAGCCUCCCAGGUGAAGCGGUCCCCAUCCGACGCAGGCCGCAGCAGUGGUGAUGAGUCCAAGAAGUCCCUCUCGGGCAGCUCCAGGACGCCUACUGCCAAUGCCAACAGCUUUGGGUUCAAGAAGCAGAGCGGCUCGGCCGCUGGUCUGGCCAUGAUCACAGCCAGUGGUGCUACCGUCACCAGCCGGUCGGCCACGCUGGGCAAGAUCCCAAAGUCGUCUGCGCUCGUCGGUCGGUCUACUGGCCGGAAGACGAGCAUGGACGGGGCUCAGAAUCAGGACGAUGGGUAUCUGGCUCUCAGCUCCCGGACGAACUUGCAGUACCGGAGUUUGCCCAGGCCCAGUAAGUCUGCCAGCCGGAACGGGGCUGGGAACAGGUCUAGCACCAGCAGCAUAGAUUCCAACAUCAGCAGCAAGUCCGCAGGCCUGCCUGUGCCCAAGCUGAGGGAGCCUUCCAAAACGGCCCUGGGCAGUUCUCUGCCGGGUCUGGUCAACCAGACGGAUAAGGAGAAAGGCAUCUCGUCCGACAACGAGAGUGUGGCUUCCUGUAACUCUGUGAAAGUGAACCCAGCAUCCCAGCCUAUGUCCAGUGCGGCUCAGGCUGCUCUCCAGCCAGGGGCCAAGUACCCCGAUGUGGCCUCUCCCACGCUCCGCAGACUCUUUGGUGGGAAGCCGACCAAGCAAGUGCCCAUUGCCACAGCUGAAACCAUGAAAAACUCGGUGGUGAUCUCCAAUCCUCACGCCCCCUCCACCCAGCAAGGUAACUUAGAGUCCCCCUCAGGCAGCGGCGCCCUGAGCAGCGGGAGCAGCAGCCCUCUCUACAGUAAGAAUGUGGAUAGCAACCAGUCUCCUCUAGCCUCCAGCCCCAGCUCAGGCCACUCGGGCCCCUCCAACAGCCUCACCUGGGGCACCAAUGCCAGCAGCUCCUCGGCGGUCAGCAAGGACGGCCCGGGCUUCCAGUCCGUCAGCAGCCUCCACACCAGCUGCGAGUCCAUUGACGUCUCCCUGGGCAGCGGAGGGGGCCUGAGUCACAAUUCCUCCACGGGCCUCAUCGCCCCCUCUAAAGACGACUCCCUGACCCCCUUCGUCAGAACCAACAGUGUAAAGACCACACUGUCGGAAAGCCCUCUCUCUUCCCCUGCCGCUAGCCCUAAGUUCUGCAGAAGUACUCUGCCCAGGAAACAGGACAGUCCUGUCAAGCCUAAUUUCGGUCUGUCCAGGUAUACUCCCACCUCCCAGCUUCGCACACAAGAAGACGCAAAAGAAUGGUUACGGUCCCACUCUGCAGGAGGCCUACAGGACACCGCUGCCAGUUCCCCUUUUUCCUCUGGCUCCAGUGUAACUUCUCCCUCCGGAACAAGAUUCAACUUUUCCCAGCUUGCAAGUCCCACCACUGUUACCCAGAUGAGCUUGUCCAACCCAACCAUGCUGAGGACCCACAGCCUCUCCAAUGCCGAUGGGCAGUAUGACCCAUACACUGACAGCCGAUUCCGGAAUAGCUCCAUGUCCCUGGAUGAGAAGAGCAGAACCAUGAGCCGCUCGGGGUCAUUCCGGGAUGGGUUUGAAGAAGUUCACGGAUCCUCGCUCUCCUUGGUUUCCAGCACGUCUUCAAUUUAUUCUACGCCAGAAGAAAAGUGCCAGUCAGAGAUUCGCAAGCUGCGGCGGGAGCUGGAUGCCUCACAGGAAAAGGUUUCAGCUUUGACCACCCAGCUGACAGCAAAUGCUCACCUGGUGGCAGCCUUUGAACAGAGUCUCGGAAACAUGACAAUCAGGCUCCAGAGUUUGACCAUGACGGCUGAGCAAAAGGAUUCAGAGCUGAAUGAGUUAAGAAAAACCAUCGAGCUGCUAAAGAAACAGAACGCAGCUGCUCAGGCUGCCAUUAAUGGAGUAAUUAACACACCAGAGCUCAACUGCAAAGGUAUAAAAGCCAUUCCCUGGGACAAAGGACUGGGCUCCAGGCAGCAGCUGCUGAUCUCCUGCCUUGGGUCUCCAGGAAAUGGUACCUCCCAGUCUGCAGACCUCCGCAUCCGCAGACAGCACUCCUCUGACAGCGUCUCCAGCAUCAACAGUGCCACCAGCCACUCCAGUGUGGGCAGCAACAUAGAGAGUGACUCGAAGAAGAAGAAGAGGAAGAAUUGGGUCAAUGAGUUACGCAGCUCCUUCAAGCAAGCCUUCGGGAAGAAGAAGUCCCCCAAGUCUGCAUCCUCUCAUUCAGACAUCGAGGAGAUGACAGAUUCUUCGUUGCCUUCCUCGCCAAAGUUACCACACAAUGGCUCCACGGGUUCCACUCCGCUGCUGAGGGGCUCUCACUCCAACUCCCUAAUUUCAGAGUGCAUGGACAGUGAAGCCGAGACAGUCAUGCAGCUCCGAAAUGAGCUGAGAGACAAGGAGAUGAAGCUGACAGACAUCCGCCUAGAAGCCCUCAGCUCCGCACACCAGCUCGACCAGCUCCGGGAGGCCAUGAACAGGAUGCAGAGUGAGAUAGAGAAGCUGAAAGCUGAGAACGACCGGCUAAAGUCGGAGUCUCAAGGCAGCGGGUGCAGCCGGGCGCCCUCCCAGGUGUCGCUCUCCGCCUCCCCUAGGCAGUCCAUGGGCCUCUCCCAGCACAGCUUGAACCUCACCGAGUCAACCAGCCUGGACAUGUUGCUGGAUGACACUGGUGAAUGCUCGGCUCGGAAGGAAGGAGGCAGGCAUGUUAAGAUAGUUGUCAGCUUUCAGGAGGAAAUGAAGUGGAAGGAGGAUUCCAGACCACACCUCUUUCUUAUUGGCUGCAUUGGAGUUAGUGGCAAGACGAAGUGGGAUGUGCUCGAUGGGGUGGUUAGACGACUCUUCAAAGAGUACAUCAUUCACGUCGACCCCGUGAGUCAGCUGGGGCUGAAUUCAGAUAGCGUUCUGGGCUACAGCAUUGGGGAAAUCAAGCGCAGCCACACCUCGGAGACCCCCGAGCUUCUUCCCUGUGGCUAUCUGGUCGGAGAGAACACGACCAUCUCCGUGACUGUCAAAGGGCUCGCGGAGAACAGCCUGGACUCGCUGGUGUUCGAAUCCCUGAUCCCCAAGCCCAUCCUGCAGCGCUACGUCUCCCUGCUGGUGGAGCACCGGCGGAUCAUCCUCUCCGGCCCCAGCGGCACCGGGAAAACCUACCUGGCCAACCGGCUGUCCGAGUACCUGGUGCUUCGGGAGGGACGGGAGCUGACAGACGGCGUCAUCGCCACCUUCAACGUGGACCACAAGUCCAGCAAGGAAUUGCGCCAGUACCUGUCCAACCUUGCUGACCAAUGCACCAGCGAGAACAACGCUGCAGACAUGCCCCUCGUCAUCAUCCUGGACAACCUGCAUCACGUCAGCUCCCUGGGCGAGAUCUUCAAUGGGCUGCUCAACUGCAAGGACCAUAAAUGCCCUUACAUAAUUGGCACAAUGAACCAGGCUACCUCUUCUACCCCCAACCUGCAGCUUCACCACAACUUCAGGUGGGUGCUUUGUGCCAACCACACAGAGCCCGUGAAGGGCUUCCUUGGCCGGUUCCUAAGGCGGAAGCUCAUGGAAACAGAGAUCAGUGGGCGGGUACGGAAUGUGGAGCUGGUAAAAAUCAUUGACUGGAUUCCCAAGGUCUGGCAUCACCUCAACCGCUUCCUGGAGGCUCACAGCUCCUCGGAUGUCACCAUAGGCCCCCGGCUCUUCCUGUCCUGCCCCAUCGAUGUGGAUGGCUCGAGGGUGUGGUUCACCGACUUGUGGAACUACUCAAUUAUCCCCUAUCUCCUCGAAGCCGUCAGAGAAGGACUCCAGCUCUACGGAAGGCGGGCCCCCUGGGAGGAUCCUGCCAAGUGGGUGAUGGAGACCUACCCCUGGGCAGCCAGCCCACAGCAACACGAGUGGCCCCCCCUGCUGCAACUCCGGCCUGAGGACGUCGGCUUUGAUGGCUACUCCAUACCUCGGGAAGGGUCCGCGAGCAAGCAGGUGCCCCCCAGUGACGCUGAAGGAGACCCGCUGAUGAACAUGCUGAUGAGGCUGCAGGAGGCGGCCAACUACUCCAGCCCCCAGAGCUAUGACAGCGACUCCAACAGCAACAGCCAUCACGAUGAUAUCCUGGACUCGUCCCUAGAGUCUACUCUGUGA